UAUCAGGGUUUAACAAAUUGUCAAGAAUGUGCAACCAGAAAGUAAUCAGACUCAGGAGACCAGAAAUACAAAAUAGUGAAUGUUUAUUUACAAGUGGAGGGGAAAAGGGUAGGUCCAGGGUUUCACUGUUGAUGACAGGAAGGAGUUGAAUUAGUUGCAGGUUGAGUAGCUUGAGAAUAAGAUUUAUCUUGAUGUUUGUUUUGUAGCUUACGGUUUGGAGAAGAACACGAGGAGUGGAGGAGAGGGAAGUCCAGGAGUGCACGAUGAGUCAGGUGUAACACUGUCUCAAAACUGAGGGGCCGGAAUGCCGGAGCAGAGCAACGACUACCGCGUGGUGGUGUUCGGGGCUGGAGGAGUGGGGAAGAGCUCCCUGGUUCUGCGCUUCGUUAAGGGCACCUUCAGGGACACCUACAUCCCCACGGUGGAGGACACCUACCGACAGGUGAUCAGCUGUGACAAGAGCGUGUGCACGCUGCAGAUCACAGACACGACGGGCAGUCACCAGUUCCCGGCCAUGCAGCGUCUGUCCAUCUCCAAGGGCCACGCCUUCAUCCUGGUCUACUCCAUCACAAGCAAGCAGUCCCUGGAGGAGCUCAAGCCCAUUUAUCAACAGAUUCUGGCCAUAAAAGGCAACGUGGAGUCCAUCCCCAUCAUGCUGGUGGGAAACAAGAGUGACGAAACCCACCGGGAGGUGGAGACCAAGGACGGGGAGGCCCAGGCCAACCAGUGGAAGUGCGCCUUCAUGGAGACGUCGGCCAAGACCAACCACAACGUGACGGAGCUCUUUCAGGAGCUCCUCAACCUGGACAAGAAGAGAAACAUGAGCCUCAACAUUGACGGCAAGCGCUCCGGGAAGCAGUCCCGCRCUGAGAGACUGAAGGGCAAAUGCAGUGUGAUGUAGACCCUAAAGGAGAAGGACGGGGGGAGGGAAGGAAAGGGUGGGGGAGGAAACACCGAUCAGGAGGGCAAAAGAAGACAAGACAACUGAAAAAUGGAUCCGUCUGAGUAAAAACGAUCGGGAUAUGUCAACUAGAAUCUCAUCAUCCACGUCCCCCUUUGUUUGGGUCGCUCAUUCACAAACAGAUGCAGAUAAAAGCAAAUAUUUGGCUGGAAGGACAGAAAGCUGUGUGGGUGGAGGUGAGAGGGAGGCGGAUCACAGAUCUCAGACUGCAGCUGUACUUUUACAAUACGAUCUCCAAAAUCUCCUCUUACUCUUGCAUCUGUGCUUCUCCGCUCACCCCUGAAAAUCCUCACCGACAUCCCACCAUCCUCAUCCUCUGCAGCCCCUCUAUAACACCUCUAGGAAACGUAAUGUAGACGUGACAAAUCCAACCAAAUUAGUCAAGCCCGCCCAUCGGUCCUCUAAAAGUUGGGACUCGUGCGUCUGAGGCAUGAGCAGCACUUAGCAGAACAUACGACCCACCGCAUCGAUGGAGGACUCUGAUGUAAAUACACACAGGUUGUAUGUAAAUAUACACCUUCUAGCUUAAAUAUGUUCAGCCCCAACUAGUCUCAGCAAUCAAAGUGGACUUCGUGGCUCCGAGGAUGAAAUCUCAUUUUAAAAAAGAGCCGACUUUACAUUAAUCAUGCUGUCAUUUCUGUGGAAAAACUGGUCCGUGGACCCUCAAAACGUGGAGGUGUUUCUCAGUACACUGACAGGACGCAGCAAUCCUUUUAAGACUCUCUUCAUGUGUAGAAUAAUUCUGAAUGAAAAGGAAACUCACGGAAAAAUCAAGUUGGCCUUAUCUGCGAGGAUGAAAUAACCCUCUGUAGGGCUGGAGUAGGAACGGGGAUGGCGUUUCGAUCCAAGGAAUUUCAACUCGCUUUGGCACUUUUCAUCUGAGGGUUUCUUUUUACGCCUUUUUCUUUUCUUUUUUUUUUUUUGUUUGUUUCUAGUGUUUUAUUGUUUUGUAAUGCUCUUUGAAUUCAUGUCAAGUGGCAAAAAAAAUUUUAAAAAAUUAUCCUUAAUUUCAAAGCACACAGAGGAAAUCUAGGUAAACUGGUUUGCUAACGGAUCAUACACAGAACAGGGCACACACAUAAACACACAAAGCAUUUGUGCAAGUGUCACAAAAGAGAAAACACACAGAGACCAUUGAGGCUCACUCAGCCUAAAUGCCCUCACAUUGCACUUUAUAUCAUACUCACAGGUUUAGGUUGUGGUGUUUUUACCUGCGUUAUAUUAAAUAUCUUUAUGGAAUAGCUCUGCUGCGAGCCCAAAGUGCAUAUAAAUACACAGAUUAUCCAUGCAGGAGCUCUUAUUGUACACAGAAGAGCCAAAAGCACAAUACUUUUUACCAACAUAUCUGUCUGUGCAUUCUUUACGUUUCUUGUUUUUAUUUGUGUUUUUUUUUCUCCUCAAUUCCAUCUUAAAGAUAUUCACCACUCCUGAGCACGGAGGAACAAUAGUUUUCGUGUUUUUUUGUCCAAUACGUGGCACAAUAAAGUUGUGAUCCUGCUGAACCACAGGGAACUGCUGUGUGAGAGGCAGAGAAGUUUCAGAUUAUUUAUCCACUCUUCUCCAUUUCUCAGGUGGUUUCAAAAAAAUAUGUGUACGGAGGAUAAUCCCGCUUGUUUAUAAUCCAAAGACGACGAGCCCUUUUAGUUUUAUAGUGGUGGUGGAAGGAGGGGUGUGUGGGGGGGAUCACAGCCACUGUCCUCAACGGUUUCCUCCCCUGGGUCCAGCAGGAUCAACAACCAGGCACUUUAAGGGUCACAUUUUACUUGAAGACUUAUCAAUCAGCAUCAUGUAAGAUGACCCACAUGCAUCAUUUACGCCCAUUAAAAUAUCCCAGCUGUGCGGUUUGCCUGUAAAUAAACAUGUGCUCGUUCAAUCAAAAGACCAGAAGUGCUUCAAGUAAGAUGUUACCCACAUAAAGUAACCCUGUCCCCCACUGAAACGUGGACGUUUUAACACACAGCUUAGUGAUGAUACUCAAACAAUUUUGUUUUAAAUCCUCACAGGUUUUUUUCACCCUUCAUAUCUAUGUGUUAGGUAAUACUUGCAAAAUGUGAAUAUGUAACUAAAGGUUUGCCUCUCUG